GUCCGCUAGGGGUGCUGGAUGCUCGAGAGUGGCGCAGGCAGGCAGGGGUUUCUGCCCUCCUCAAUCACAAUUACUGAUUUACUGAAGCGCAUUUUCCGUGCAGAAGCUUCAGGAGUCAAAACAAGCAGCCAGGAUGGGAGUCGAGGUUGAAACCAUUACUCCUGGAGACGGAAGUACCUUCCCUAAAAAAGGACAGACUUGCGUCGUGCAUUAUGUGGGCUCUUUGACAGAUGGACGCAAAUUCGACUCUUCCCGGGAUCGGGGAAAGCCUUUCAAGUUUAAAAUCGGCAAACAGGAAGUGAUCCGCGGCUGGGAUGAGGGAGUAGCCCAGAUGAGUGUCGGACAGCGCGCCAAGCUGACUUGCACUCCGGACUUUGCUUACGGGAGCAAGGGCCACCCGGGCGUCAUUCCUCCCAACGCAACGCUCAUAUUCGACGUGGAGCUGAUUGGCUUGGAAUAAAGCCCCCACCUAUGGACUCAGGUUAUUCCCUAUUCAUUCUUUCAGGGUACGUGCGACAUCUUCUGCUUUGACUUGUUCUGGAUGUGCGCUGGAUGGCUUUAAUAACCAGCCGAUAAUCUUUAAAGCAGAUUACUCUAGUCUCGCUCUUAAACGUGUCGUCGAGUUUAUUUAACAGGCUCUUGAGAUUAAAACCCUCAUAAUCGUAUUUGUGGCUUUUGAGGAACACGGUUCGCUUGUUUAACAAACCCUCUCUCUUUGUUUUCUUCCAGGUCGACCUUUUUAAGGAGCAUUGCACCAUGCAUGUGAUCCUCAAAAGGGGCUAGUGUUAAUAGCGAUACCACUUAGCUUAGCUCUGUUUUGCAUUUGUAUAUUUUGUUGCCUUUUUUUUCUUUUCUGCUUGACAUAAUCACUGGUUAUACUCUCAAUCAUUGGAUUUCUCUAGAAGACGCACGUUUCUUUUUGUUUUCCUUCUCUCUUUUUAUAUUUGAUUUCUGUGUUGUAAACGCGAUCACAGCGACAGGGUUUUGGCUGAGCUGGUAAUAAGUACUCUGGUGGGGAAAUCUGGUUAAGUAUACAACUACUUGAAAAUAAAUUGUUUAUAAAAAGUUGA